AUGAAUUAUUAGAUUAAAGGAAAUUUUAACUAUCAUCUUGAUAUUCUUGCUUCUCAAUUAAAUGAAAGUUCCAAUAUCACCAUUAAUGCAUUUACAUCUAAAAACAACAAAAUACCUAUUGGAUGUAAAUUUCAAUGGUUUAAAAUAUCUGAUACAGAACGUAUUAGAAUUGAAAGUUAGGGCAAUAUUUAUCAAUGCAGCAUAUUUGAUAUUGGUUAUAGGAUAGAAGCUAAUGUACAAUCAUUUGAAUCUGGAUAAGAAGGGUAAGCAAUUGUUGAAUUUCAAAAAAUUCAAAUUUCCUCACAAUUGGAAAUUAAGCUAUCCCAAUUAUAUCAUAAUAACAUGAAGUAACCUAAAGGAUAAACAUAGAUAAUAAAUCAUAGCCAACGAUUAAAGUUGGAUAUUCUCUCUUGAUUGUUUAGAAAAUAGUACAUUACAAUAAAAAAUCACAUAUUCAGAUUAAUAGUUACUUCCUAGUUAGAACCAACUUUAAGCACAUUUUAUGAAUCAGACUUUGAAAUUCAAAACAAAAGAAGAUAAAGGUAUAUAUAUGUAUAUUAUAAUAUUUAUAUAGAUUCUUUUUGUGCAUUUUUUGUAUCUAUGUAAGCCUUAAAAAGAGUACAUAUAAAAUUUAUUGCAUAUAAUAUUGGAAAAGUCAAUCAAAAGUAAAUUAACUUUUAAUAAUUAUUGAAUUCUUAAUUAUAAUAGUUAAUUAAUGAAAAGACUUAAUUGGGUCCUAAAAAACUAGAGAUUUAAUAAUUAUCUAAUUCAGAAUCUAGAAUAUCUAUUUAAAUUAAUUAGUUAAGAUUGGAAAUUACUUAAUUAUAGAAUGAAAAAUAGAAAUAAUAAUAAUAGAUAGAGAAAUUAAAUAGAGAAAAUAAAGAAUUAGGUAAUUUGUAAUUAAUAAUGUAGAAUUAAAUAGUAAAUAAUAGACAUCUUCUAAAGAUUAAAUAGAAAAUUUGGAUAGAUUAAUACAAUCAUUAAAGAAUGAAUUAUUCAUUUUGAAAUAGAGAGAAACUGAUUUAAUGAAUUAAAAUGCAAGAUUGACUAUUGUAUUAAAUGAAAAGAAUGAGAAAUUUGAAAAUUCAUUAUCAUAAUCAUAAAUUUAUGAUAAUUAAUAGAUUAAAUAAUAUUAAGAAUUGUUAACUGAAUCUAAUUAAGGGAAAUUAAAAUUAUAAGAUGAAUUAAAUAAAGUUUAAAAAUAAAAUUAAUAAUAUAAAUCAAAUUUAAAUAUUGAAUUUGAAAGAGAAAAACUUAUUUAAACAAAUCAAAAAUUGAUUUAAGAAAUAACAAAUUAAACUAAAAAAAUUAAUGAAUUAUAAAUUGAAAUUGAAAUGUUAAAGAAUAUGAGUCAUAUAUCAAUGAAUUAAUCAUUAAUUUAAGAUCCUAUUGUUAAAACUAAAGUUGAUUAAAUUGAAUAAGAAAAUGUAUAUCUUCUGAAAAAAAUUGAAAUACUAGAAGAUGAAUUAUAAAAAAAGAAAAUACAAAAACCUUAAAAAUAAUAAAUUGAUAAAGAUUUAUAAAUAUAAUAAUUAUGUGAAGCAAAUAAAAGAUAUUUAAAUGAAAAUAUUAAAUUAUAUGAAGAAAUUAGAUCAAUUAGAGAAAGAUUAGAUACUUCAUAAAUUAUGAAUUAUUCUAUUAAAGAUUCAAAUGUUCAUGAAAAUAUAAUAUAUAAUUAAUUAGAAAAACAAAUUGAAUAAAUGUAAUCUAUGCAUAAUCUAGAAAUAUAACAAUUCAAAAAGAAACUUGAAAAAGCUAAUUCUGAUUUAUAAGAUGCAUGUAUAUCUAAAAAAUAAUUUGAAUAAUUAGAAAAAUAAAAUAAAAGAUUAGCUGAAGAAAAUCAGUAUUUAUAAGAAUAAAUUAAAAAUUUAGCAGAUCUUAAUUAAUCAAAAUCAUUCUCUAUUAAUAUGACAAAUAUCAUAUAAAGUGAUUAAUAUAAAGAAUUGGAAGAGUAAUUAAAUAUUUAAAAGAAAAGAUUUUAAGAAGUUUAAUAAAGAUUAGAUUUCUAAUUAUAAAGAGAUACAUAAUAAUAAGAUAAAAAUAAAUAAUUAGAAUUAGAAUUAUUAAAAUAUUAAAAUUAAAAAGUAGAAGUUAAAUUAUUAUAAGUUGAUUUAUAAAAAGAUAAUAAAUAAAUUGAUUAAGAUAUAACUAAAUUCAUUAAAGAAUAAGAAUACCUCACUUCAAAGAUCAAAUAAUAAGAUAAUUAAAUAUUUGAAUUAAAAUAAAAGCUUAUGUAAUUAUAAGAAGAGAAUAGAACUCUAAGAUUAUUUCCAUAAAAUGCUGAAACUCAAUUGAAAUAGUAAUUAGUAUAGUUAUAACUAUAAAAUUAGAAUUUAAGUGAAUAAAUAAUCAAAUUAUAAAAUCAAUAAAAUAUCUUUAAAGAUUUAAGCUAAAGUCAUAUCUCAAUGAAUGAAAGCAUUUUUGAAUCUAAAGUAUAUGAAGGUAAAGAAUAUAAAAUUUUAGAGAAUCAAAAAGAAUUACUUCAUCUUGAAAAUUAACAAUUAAAAAAAUAAAUUAAUAAAGAUUAAUCAAUUCAAUAAGAAAACUAAGAAUUAAAAAUAUAACUUGAAAAAGUUAGAGGAUAAUUUAAUGAUUAAAUUUUAUUACUUUAAUAGGAAUUAUAGAAUAAAAUUAUUGAUAAUGAAAAAUUGACAAUAGAAAUAGAUAAAUUAAAUACUAAUAUUAAAUCUGGUUCAGAUAUUAUUUAAGUGACUUAUGAAGAUUCAUUAGUUAAAAGUUUAAAAUUAUAAAUACUUAAUCUAUAAUAAGAAAAUAGUAAAUUAAUAUAAGAUAUAACAAAUUAUAAAUCUACUAUUUAAGAUAAAUCUUUUAUUGAUUAAAUUAAUUAAAGUUAUUCUAAAAAAUUAAAUCAAGAUACAGAUGAGUAAUAAUAACUAAUUAAUUAAUUAAGAAUUUAAUUGGCUGAAAAAUCUCAUUAAUUAAAAAUGGUAUCAACAAAUUAUUAAAAAAGUAAUGAAGAUCUAUAAUUAAUAAUUAAUAAAUUAGGAUAAGAAAAUUAAAAUAUAAGUGAAGUUCAUAAUUCAAUUAAGACAAGAUUAGAAACACAAAUCUCUAAAUUAAUAGAUUAAUUAAAAGAAAAAGAUUAAUAAAUUAAUCAAAUUUCAUAUGGAACAACUCCUUAUUAAAAUGGAAGUUAUAAUAAAAUUACUCAAUUAGAAGAAGAACUUUAGAAGAAGACUAAUUAAAUUGAAUAAUUGAUUUAAUAAAAUAAAGCAUAGGCUUUACAAAUAAAUACUUUAUAUUUUGAACUUUAAGAAUUAAAAUUGAAUACUUCAUCUAGAUUUAUAAAUAAAGAAGAUACAGAAUAAUAAAUAGUCAAUUUAAAAUAAUAACAUUCAAAUUUAGAUUAGGAAAAUAAACAAUAAAAAACAGUAAUUAAUGAUCUUUUAAGUGAAAAUUCAAAAUUUUAAGGUACUAUAUAAAAAUUAUACAAAGAACUUAAUGAUUCAUAAUUAAAAUUAUAAUCUAAGAUUGAAGAUUAUUAAAAGAUUUUAAAGGUUUAAUAAUAAAAUUAAAUAGAAAUUGAAAAUUUAAGAAAAGAAAAUUAAUCUUUAUAAUUGAAGGUUUAAGAAAUAAGGGAGCAAUAAAAUUAUGAGAUUAAUGAAUUAUAAAUUCAAGUACAUUAAUUUGAUUCUAAUAAUUUAAUUGAUGAAAAGUAAGAUUCAAUAAAAUAAAUUAUGAACGUAACUAUUUUAUAAUUGUAAUAAAAAUAUAAUGAAAUUGAAAUAAAAUGUAAAUAAUUAUUAUAAGAAUCUCAAGAUCUAACAUCAUGUAUUUCAGAAAAAGAUUUUUAACUUAAAUAGUAAAUACAAUAAAAUUAGUGUUUAAGUAAAGAAUUAGAUAAUGAAUAAGAAAAGAAUUACAAUUUAAAGAAAAAGAUUUCUGAUUUAUCAUAAUUAAUUAAAAAUAAAGAGAAUGAAACUUAAGAAUUAUAACUAAAAAUGAACAAUUUAGAAAAUACUUUACAUGUUAAAGAUAAGACUAUAUUCAAUUAAAAUAAUUAAUUAAUUGAAUUUGAAAAAUUGAUGUCUUUUGAUAAAAGUUCUGACUCUUAUUUAAUAACUAAAAGUUUUCAUGCUUUAUUUAAUAAUUCAUAGGAUUAUAUUGAAAAAAUUUAAUAAGAUAAUUAAAGAACUUUAUUAAAUGGUUAAAAAUAUUAAUAUCAAAAUGAAUAUUAAACAAAAAAUAUGAUGGAUAAUAUAGAAUCAAAGUAACAUAUAGAAUUGUAAAAUUAAAAAAUAUCUACAGAAUUAUAAAAAGUGAAUGCUUUACAAUAAGAAUUAUAAGCAUUUAAAGGAUAGAAUUAGAAAUUAAAUGAAUAAAUAUUAUAAUAAGAAGAAUAUAUUCGUUUACUUAAAUAGAAUUAAUAAUAAUAAUUAAAUAAUAAUAAUUAUAAUGGAAAAGUAGGAUAAGGUUAAAAUGAAUUGAUUGAUGUAUUAAAGAUUGAAAAUUAGUAAUUAAAGGAAUACAAUUAAAAAUUAGAAAAAGAUGUAUAAGUUUUUGAAAAUUAAAUAUAAACAUCUUAGUUAAAAAUGACAAUUUCAGAAUUUCAGUUAAUUUAAUUUGAAUAAGAAUAACUUAAGAUGUAAAAUACUAAAUUAUUAGAAAUAGGUAUUAAUAAUUGAUUAUUUAGUUAAAUAAUAAUAAUAAUAAAUUGAUAGAUUAUCUAAAAGCAAUCUUUCUUUGAUGGAAGAGAAUAAUAGAUUAAAUGAUUAACUUAAAGAAGUUUAAAAUAUAAGUUAUUAUAGUAGUGACUCAUAUAUUCAUUGA